AAAAAAGACAUCAAGUAAUAUAAUAAUAGAAUAGGAAUUCAAAGUCAACAAAAACGACAAAACCAAGUCUCCAAAACGAAAAGUCUCCCAAAUAGAUAAACAAAAACAGAGGACUCUGCUAAAAAGUUUCUGUGGAUUCGAAGCUUUUUACUUUUCGCCAGGACGAACAUGAAGAUCUCUCUCUUCUUUGUCUCGUUCCUCGUCCUCUUACCUCUCUCCCUACAGGAUCCUAUCCCAAAAGUCAAAGCACCGAGUCGGGCCCACGCGGAGCUCACGAGCCAUGGUUUCCCGAUAGGACUCCUCCCUCUCUCCGUCAAGGACUACUACAUCAACAAAACCUCCGGCGACUUCUCCCUCCUCCUCCACGGCACGUGCAAAAUCACGCUUCCUCCCGACAACUACCUCGCGACUUAUUCGGACAAGGUGACGGGGCGGAUCACGCACGGUCAGAUCGCGGAGCUCCGUGGGAUUCGUGUCAGGGCGUUUUAUCAGUGGUGGUCUAUCACCGGGAUUCGAUCCUCCGGGGAUAAUCUUGUCUUCGAGGUCGGUGUCGUAACCGCCAAGUACCCUUCGAAGAAUUUCGACGAGAGUCUUGAUUGCGAAGGAACACGAGCUUCUUCUUGAUUCAGUUCACGACGUAAAGGUUAUAUCCGUCGACAAAUUCAUAUUUUUUAAUUCUGUAUUAUGGACUUAGAUAUUCAAAGUUUUAUUUUUCUAAAUGCCUCAAGACUAUUACUCUGUUUGAUGCCAAUGUGGUAGGGGUAGUAUCUUCCUUUGAGAUGUUUGGCGAUAUAGGUUUUGUUUUAUAUGUCAGUUCUAUCUAUUCCAUUAGUUGUCUGGGAUUUGACAUCUGAGAUAGUCUUUGUGUUUUGAUUUUUUUUUGGCUUUUGUCUGCGUCUUCCUUUCACCGUUGGUCUGAUCUUUUGAUAGGUUAACCUUUCAUGGCCAAUUAUAACAGUAACAAAAUCUAUGGUUGUCCAUUUAAACUUUUAAGGUCAUGGUGUGUAUUGAUUCAGAGAUGCCUUGGAUGCUACGUUCUUGUUAGGAGCCUAAAUGUUUAUGUAGAUUGCUUUUCUUAGUUUCCAAUAUUUUCAGCGCUUGGAUGGUUUUAUUACGUUAUUAA